UCCGUUUCUCAUUUUCUAAUUUUCUCCACCAAAUCCUCUUUCUCAAUUCAUGCUCAUUAUAUUUCAUAUUUAUUAUUUUUAUAUAUAUGUCUGAUUUUUCGUCCGUUACGUUAAUUUUCUUGCAACAUCAACCAUAAUUCUUGCCUUAGUAUAUGCUAUUCAUUUUUUCCUUUAUAUAUAACAUCAUCCAUUCUUCUUAUAAUAUAAUAAACUUCCCAAUAUUAUCAUCAUUACAUUACAAUUACAACAACUAUUGAAUUUACUCAAAAAUCAUCUAUAUGUACAUGUGAUUAAUUAUCAUUCAAUUAUUUUUUCCUUGUCCAAAUAUAUAUACAUAGAAGGAAAUUAAUUAAAGAGAUCAAUGGAAUACGGCACCGGAGGUGGUGGUGGUGGUGGUGGUGGAGCUUCGUCAAGUGGCGGUGACGCCGCAGAUGCUCACCGGAAGAAGAAACGUUUCCAUCGACAUACAGCUCAUCAAAUUCAAAGCCUUGAAUCUGUGUUCAAGGAAUGUCCACAUCCAGACGAGAAAAUUAGAUUGCAGUUGAGUAGAGAUUUGGGUUUGGCUCCUCGUCAAAUAAAGUUUUGGUUCCAAAAUAGGAGGACUCAAUUGAAGAGUCAACAUGAGAGAGCAGAUAAUAGUGCACUUCGAUCAGAAAAUGAUAGAAUUCGAUGUGAAAACAUCGCGAUAAGGGAAGCAAUCAAGAAUGUGAUAUGUCCAUCUUGUGGAGGUCCUCCAGUUACUGAAGACACUUAUUUUGAUGAACAAAAAUUGAGAAUGGAGAAUUUGCAACUAAAAGAGGAGCUUGACAAAAUUUCAAGCAUUGCUGCAAAGUAUAUGGGGAGGCCUAUUUCGCAACUUCCACCAGUGCAACCUGUUCAUUUGUCCUCACUUAACUUAAUGUCCAUGCCUAAUUUUGGACUAACUGGCCCUUCACUUGAUCUUGAUCUUGAUCUUCUCCCUGGAAGUUCGACGACUACUUUUCCAAAUUUACCAUGUCCUACAUUGAACAUAUCAGACAUGGAUAAGUCCCUUAUGGCUGAUAUUGCUGGCAAUGCCAUGGAGGAACUGAUUAGGCUUUUACAAACUAACGAACCUUUGUGGACAAAGUCAACAACUGAUGGCAGAGAUGUACUUGACAUCGAUAACUAUGACCAGAUUUUUCCAAAGGCUAACAGUUCGUUGAAAAAUCCAAAUGUUCGUGUUGAGGCUUCCAGGCAAUCAGGUGUUGUGAUCAUGAAUGGUUUGGCCUUAGUCGACAUGUUCAUGGAUGUGAAUAAAUGGGUGGAAUUCUUUCCUACAAUUGUUUCAAAGGCAAGAACACUUGAAGUAAUAUCAUGUGGCAUGAUGGGCAGUCGGAGUAGUACAUUACAAUUGAUGUAUGAAGAACAGCAAGUGCUUUCGCCAUUAGUCCCAACACGACAAUUCUACUUCCUACGGUUUUGCCAGCAGAUUGAGACGGGCUCAUGGGCAAUUGUUGAUGUUUCCUAUGAUAUUACUCAAGAAAAUAUGUACCCUCCCUCUUCUUGCAAGGUUCAUAAGCUCCCAUCUGGAUGCUUGAUACGAGACAUGCCCAAUGGUUAUUCCAAGGUAACUUGGUUGGAACAUGUUGAAGUGGAAGAGAAAGGUUCAAUUCAUAGGCUAUAUAGAGAUCUUAUAUAUAGUGGUAUGGCAUUUGGAGCAGAGAGAUGGCUUGGUUCUCUUCAGAGAUUGUGUGAGAGAUAUGCUUGUUUAAUGGUUAGCGGCAACUCUUCUCGUGAACUUGGAGGAGUGAUUCCGUCACCAGAAGGGAAGAAAAGCAUGAUGAAAGUGGCUCAAAGAAUGGUGAGCAGUUUCUGUGCCAGCAUAAAUCCGUCCAAUGGACACCAGUGGAACAACAUUUCUACAUUGGAUGAAUUUGAAGUUAGAGCCACCCUUCAAAAGUGCACAGAUCCUGGCCAGCCCAAUGGUGUAGUCAUCAGUGCAGCUUCCACUAUUUGGCUCCCGGUUCCUCCACAACAUGUUUUCAAUUUCCUUAGGGACGAAAGGACUCGACCUCAGUGGGAUGUUCUUUCCAACCAAAAUCCAGUACAAGAGGUAGCUCACAUUGCAAAUGGCUCUCACCCAGGGAAUUCUAUUUCUGUGCUCAGGGCCUAUAACACUAGCCAGAAUAACAUGCUGAUACUUCAAGAAAGUUGCAUAGACUCAUCAGGUUCACUAGUAGUCUACAGUCCUGUUGAUUUACAAUCCAUCAACAUUGCAAUGAGUGGUGAAGACACCACCUACAUCCCUUUGCUCCCCUCAGGUUUCACAAUAUCACCAGACGGACGAGGGUCCAACGAGGCAUUAUCGAUGAAUAAUGGUAGUACCUUGGGAGGAGCAGGGGCAGGGGGGUCACUAGUGACAGUAGUGUUCCAGAUAUUGGUAAGCAGUUUGUCAUCAUCAGCCAAAAUGAGCCCAGAAUCAGUAAACACAGUUAAUAACCUUAUAGGCAACACUAUCCACCAAAUUAAAGCUGCCUUGAAUUGCUCCACUUCCUGAUCCAAAAUUUUGAAUUUAAUUCCGCUCCUGCUCCUGCCUGCUGCCUGCUUUAAAUACACCGUACAGAUGAGAAGUUGGAUCAUGAAUUCAAUGAGGAGAAAAAAAAAAAAGACCUUAUUUGAAGUUAGUUGAGAAUUAUGAAUGCUAUGCUUCUUUUCUUUCAUCAAUAUAUAGUCCUGGAACUGACACAAUGCCUUAAUACAUCCAUAUGCCCACUGUCAAAAGUUUUAUUACAAGUUUUAACAACUCAUAGCUAGUUUCCCCCUUUUUUCUUAAUUAUUCCUAGUGCAUUGGAUUGGAUU